GAAUUAUACUACAAAAAGAAGCAUUUCCGAGCGUUUUUUUACGCUAGAUGCGUUUGCCACUGUGAAAAUUAAAGUUCGUAAAUAUUUAAGCCAGUUCAAAUGAAACCAAAUGAUUCUCAAAUGGAAAAAGAUGCUAAAGUCGAAAAAGUUCAAAAUUGCUGUCCCUACAAUAUUUUCUGACAUACUCAAUGAAAUUAAAUAAACAAAUCUUUUCUGUUAUUUAUGUUAAGUUUGGAUUUUGAUUUCUUCCGACUAGGGAAAGAAUUAUUAAGUUACUAUUUGAAAUGUUCUUAAUCAAGUAAAAAAAUUCGUUUAUUUUUUUUACAGAAUUUUGUUUAUCAAAUUACUCUCACUGUUUUUAACCAUGCAUAUCGACUGGGAUAUAGUUAAAGCUCAUCCCCUAUGGAGUCGAUCAUCUGUAUCUUUUGACCCAGGAAUGUGUGCAAAUUAUGUUAAUGUGCCGCACGUGAUUGCUAUGGUGGGUUUGCCUGCUCGUGGAAAGACUUAUAUUGCACGAAAACUUGCUCGCUAUCUCAACUGGAUUGGAAUAAACACCAAAGUUUUUAAUGUUGGAGAGUACAGAAGAAAAGCUACUGAAGCAUACAAGAAUCAUGAAUUUUUUAAUCCCAACAAUAAAGAAGCAAUGGAUAUAAGAGGGAGAUGUGCAUUGGAUGCAAUGGAAGACAUGUGCAAAUGGUUGGAGAAGGAGGGGGAGGUAGCGGUAUAUGAUGCAACGAAUGCUGUUUUUGAAAGGAGGAAGUUAAUAUAUGACAUCAUUUGUAAGAAGUUUGGAUGCAAGUUGUUUUUUGUUGAAUCUGUAUGUGACGAGGCAAACAUCAUUGAAGCUAAUUUAAAGGAAGUGAAAGUGCACAGUCCUGAUUACAAAAAUAGAAAUGUUGAAGAGGCUCUCACGGAUUUUAUGUUUCGAAUUGAACACUACAAGGAAAUCUAUCAGUCAUUAGAUGAAGAGAAAGAAGGAAAUUAUUCUUUUAUGCAAAUAUAUAAUGCUGGACAAAAAGUAUAUGUUCAUCACCAUGAAGGUCAUGUUCAGAGUAGGAUAGUCUAUUAUUUAAUGAACAUACAUAUAAAUCCUCGUUCUAUAUACCUAACACGGCACGGAGAGAGUAAAUUCAAUGCAUUGGGAAAAAUUGGAGGUGACUCUGAAUUAUCUGACAGAGGCUGGGAAUAUGCCAGAAUGCUGUCAAAGUACAUAAAAGAACAGAAUAUUCCAAGACUGCGUGUCUGGACGAGUUUGUUACAACGCACACUACAAACUUCUUCAGGGAUUAUUGCCCCACAAGAAAGGUGGAAAGCUCUCAAUGAAAUUGAUGCAGGCUUGUAUGAUGAGAUGACGUAUGACGAAAUACAAGAAAAGUAUCCUAAAGAAUUUGCCGCUCGAGAAGAAAAUAAGUUUAAAUAUCGAUAUCCCCGAGGAGAGUCCUACGAAGAUCUUGUAUCUCGACUGGAGCCGGUUAUUAUGGAGCUUGAAAGACAAGAGAAUGUGUUAGUGGUUGCACAUCAGGCUGUGUUGAGGUGUCUUCUUGCCUAUUUUCUGGAUAAGAAAUCUAGUGAAGUUCCUUUCAUAAAAGUUCCACUGCACACCAUUAUGAAACUCACUCGAGCUGCGUACGGUUGUGAAGUGGAAGAAAUUAGGAUCCCGGUUGAAGCGGUUGAUGACCACCAACUUCUUUAAAUCAUCAAGUGCCUUUCUUACAAUCCCUUCUGUUGAAAAAAGGAAUGUUUACUGUGCUCUAGUCUAUAAAUAACAAUUUUUAACCAUUUUUUAAGAGAGUUUUUAAACUUUUUUAUUAUGUGUAGAGUAACAAGAUGUUACUUAUUUGAAAUUGUCAGAAUCUCAGAAACAUCAUAGUGCAAGAAAUGAAUUUUAUAUUUUGGUGAUUCAUUUUCUUAUUCAUUAAACACUAUUUAAAAUAUU